AUGGUUGGUAAAGCUGCGUUAGCAGUAGGGGCGAUGUUUACCCCAUCAAGAAAAUUGUCCUCUCUCUCAGUUUUGAGGAGGGAAGCUGAACAGAAUUUGGAGGAAACUGCUGCAUUAGGAGAUGAAGCGAAUAAAGAAAUGGAAAAACCCAAGAACCUCUUUGACAAGUACCAUUCGGGUUACUUUGGGAAAGUUGGUAUGAGGUACUUCCACAAGCUCCGUAACAAAUUCCAUUGCCUCAUUGUCAACAUCGAUAAGCUCUGGUCUUUGGUUCCUCAAGAAGCUAAGGACAAAGCUACCAAGGACAACAUCCCUUUGAUUGAUGUCACCCAGUUCGGAUAUUUUAAGGUUAUGGGUAAGGGAGUUUUGCCUGAAAAUCAACCUGUUGUUAUUAAGGUUAAGCUGGUUUCCAAGACUGGUGAUAAGAAGAUUAAGGAAGCUGGUGGGGCUGUUGUUCUCACUGCUUAG